CCAUAAGGAGGCGGGGCUACACCAAUGAGGUAAUCGGGGUAAACAGUAAAAAUGGCGACGUCUGUAGCCAGAGCGGAGCAGCUGAGUUUGAACGGGAUCAUUUACGAGUCCCAAACCAAAAAACUGACCGACCUGCCGACCGAGUUGCUCGAGUAUAUUCUGUGCUUCCCUGUCCUCAAACAUGUCGACGUUUGUAACGUGUCAUGCUGCUGCAAACGGCUGCACGACGUCUGCCAUGGAAGGGGAAAGGUCUGGGAACACCAAUACAAAAUCAGAUGGCCAAGACUGCAGAGGUUUUAUCGUCAAAAUGAGAGCUGUGACUGGCUUAGGGAAUACAUAACCCGGCAUAGAGUUGGAAUACAGAUACGAAGGACAGUGGAAUCCAUCUCAAAGCGAUUCUUCACAGAAGUUCCAUGUGUUGGCCAAGUGCUUGGAGACAGCUUUGCAGAGAUCGAGUCACUCGGGAUGCCAGAGCACUUCUGUGAAGACGAGCUCCUCUUCAUACUCAACUCAGACAAGAGGAAAAGCUUGACCCUAAAAUACUAUGCAAAGAAAAUCCUUUACUUCCUGAGGCAGCAGAACAUCCUGAGGAGCCUGAAGACCUUCUUAGGGCAGCCCACAGAGCAGCAGUCGGCUCUGGAAGGUGCUGUGCUGGUGGAUCAGUACUGCAACCCACUGGCUGAUGUCACACUGGAGUCCAUUUCACAACAAAUAGACGAUGUGGCAGAAAAAGCAAAGAAGAUGCUGAGAAUCAAGAACCCUUCUCAUCCCAGCCUCCGGGUCACAAACAGUGACUGUAUGACGGAGGACUUUGAGCUCCAGAGGCAGGUGCUGUGGGCCCUGAACGCCGUUUUGUACGAACAGCUUCAGUACAAAGGCAACGAGUGCGACUACUACAACCCGCUCAACUCCUACAUCCAUCAGGUGCUACUUCGGCGGACAGGUAUACCCAUAAGCCUCUCUGUCCUUUACAUGACGCUCGCCCGGAAGCUGGGCGUUCAGCUGGAGCCCGUCAACUUUCCCAACCACUUCCUGUUGCGCUGGUGCCAGAGACCAAGAGGGAGUGAGGACAUCUAUGACUUUGUCUACAUCGAUGCCUUUGGGAAAGGCAAGCAGCUGACGGCGAAGGAAUGCGAGUACCUCAUUGGCCACCAGGUGACGGCAGACUACUACAGUGCCAUUAGCACCACAGAGGUGCUGCUCAGGAUGGUGGGGAACCUGCUCAACAUCGGCAAAAGAGGGGAAGGAAAUGAGAAAUCUUACCAGCUGCUGAGGGAUUCACUGGAUCUCUACCUCACCAUCAAUCCAGAUAACGUUCAGUAUUUGCUCCUGCAGGCGCGCCUCUACUUCCACCUUGGAAUCUGGCCAGAAAAGGUGUUGGACAUCCUGCAGCAUAUCCAGGCUUUGGAUCCUUCCCAGCAUGGAGCUGUGGGCUACCUGGUGCAGCACACACUGGAGCACAUCCAGCACAAGAAGCAUCCCGUCACUCCUGAGGUGAAGCGGCGGAGCGCUCCCGAACACCUGGAGGUCCAGUAUUCAGUCGGCCUUAUCAUGAAACACAAGCGGUCGGGGUAUAACUGUGUGAUUUACGGCUGGGAUCCUAAAUGCACCAUGAGCCAGGAGUGGAUCAACACCAUGAGGGUCCACCAGUUGUCCAGUGGAGCUAACCAACCAUUCUACAACGUGCUGGUACAAGACGGGACGUGUCGUUACGCAGCUCAGGAGAACCUGGAGCCCCACUCUGCCCCUCUUGAGAUUGGGCACCCGGAGGUGGGCCGCUACUUCUCAGAGUUUGCCGAAACCCACUAUGUUGCCAACGAAGAACUGCAGACACGAUACCCUGAGGACAUGAGGGAAACGCUGGGCACGGUGCAAGAGCUCUACCACAGAAUGACUCCUGGAUCUGUGAGCCGAAAUGAGGCUUCUGCCUCUGACCAAAUGAGCCACCAGUUCAAGUCGAUGUAGCAAGUGGUCCUGCUGACCAGGGUUAACAAAUACCUGUUCCCCCCUUACUCAAUUUACAAUCAUCUUAGCUGUUCCUUUAUUGCACUUGGAGACUAGGACUUUUUUUGUCUUUUAAAGAAGGAAAGAUGGUUACUGUUGCUGCUUUGAGACAUGUUCAAAUACAACCAUUUAUCUGCUGUAAAAACAAAGUUCGGAUCACUGGAUACAAAUACUAUUUGUACAUGAUGGAACACAUAUUCAUUUAUUUUUAAUCCAGUCAAAAAAAGCUCAGUUUGAUUUUUAAAAAAUCAAAUAAAAUACAACCCAAAAAUAAAAGGAAAAAAAAAAAACUUCAAGUAAGCAGCUAAGUGGACUAGAAAAAUCAGGAUGUUUAUCCAGGUGCUGUAAAUCCCUCCUGCCCAAAUUCAAAGAAUGCUUCUGUUCCCACAUGUCCCUGCAUCCAGCACUAGUCUGCAGAAUAUAAACCCAGUGCCACACCAGAGAACUGAAAAAAAAAAUACAAUAGUUUUAACUCAUGAUUUUACAGAGUAUCAUGCACUUAUGAAAGUUUGACUUUCACAUUCCUACAUUUACCUUUUAUUCUGUAUAUUUACAUGUGAAAUAUGUACGAUGCCAAGACUCAGGAUGUCUGUCAUGGAAUGCCAAGAUGGCGACGACUUGAAAUAGCAAUGAGUCUAAGCUUGGUGAAAACUACAAAAAAUAAAGUGUUUCAAGUUUCGA